AUGGGCCAGGGGGACGAGAGCGAGCGCAUCGUGAUCAACGUGGGCGGCACGCGCCACCAGACGUACCGCUCGACGCUGCGCACGCUGCCCGGCACGCGGCUCGCCUGGCUGGCGGAGCCCGACGCCCACAGCCACUUCGACUAUGACCCGCGCGCCGACGAGUUCUUCUUCGACCGCCACCCCGGCGUCUUCGCGCACAUCCUGAACUACUACCGCACGGGCAAGCUGCACUGCCCCGCGGACGUGUGCGGGCCGCUCUACGAGGAGGAGCUGGCCUUCUGGGGCAUCGACGAGACGGACGUGGAGCCCUGCUGCUGGAUGACCUACCGGCAGCACCGGGACGCGGAGGAGGCGCUGGACAGCUUCGGCGGGGCGCCCCUGGACAACAGCGCGGACGACGCGGACGCCGACGGCCCCGGGGACUCGGGCGACGGGGAGGACGAGCUGGAAAUGACCAAGCGCCUGGCGCUCAGCGACUCUCCGGACGGGCGGCCCGGCGGCUUCUGGCGCCGCUGGCAGCCGCGCAUUUGGGCGCUCUUUGAGGAUCCCUACUCAUCUCGCUACGCCAGGUAUGUGGCCCUGGCCUCCCUCUUCUUCAUCCUGGUCUCCAUCACCACCUUCUGCCUGGAGACCCACGAGCGCUUCAACCCCAUCGUGAACAAGACGGAGAUCGAGAACGUGCGGAAUGGCACGCAGGUGCGCUACUACCGGGAGGCCGAGACAGAGGCCUUCCUCACCUACAUCGAGGGCGUCUGCGUGGUCUGGUUCACCUUCGAGUUCCUCAUGCGUGUCGUCUUCUGCCCCAACAAGGUCGAGUUCAUCAAGAACUCGCUCAACAUCAUUGACUUUGUGGCCAUCCUCCCCUUCUACCUGGAGGUGGGCCUCAGCGGCCUGUCCUCCAAGGCCGCCAAGGACGUCCUGGGCUUCCUGCGCGUCGUCCGCUUCGUGCGGAUCCUGCGCAUCUUCAAGCUGACCCGGCACUUUGUGGGCCUGCGGGUCCUGGGCCACACGCUCCGCGCCAGCACCAACGAGUUCCUGCUGCUCAUCAUCUUCCUGGCCCUGGGCGUCCUCAUCUUCGCCACCAUGAUCUACUACGCCGAGAGGAUAGGGGCCCAGCCCAAUGACCCCAGCGCCAGCGAGCACACCCACUUUAAGAACAUCCCCAUUGGCUUCUGGUGGGCCGUGGUCACCAUGACAACGCUGGGCUACGGAGACAUGUACCCGCAGACAUGGUCCGGGAUGUUGGUGGGAGCCCUGUGCGCCCUGGCGGGCGUGCUGACCAUCGCCAUGCCUGUGCCAGUCAUCGUGAACAAUUUCGGGAUGUACUACUCCUUAGCCAUGGCUAAGCAGAAACUACCAAAGAAAAAAAAGAAGCAUAUUCCACGGCCGCCGCAGCUGGGAUCUCCCAAUUAUUGUAAAUCUGUCGUAAACUCUCCACACCACAGUACUCAGAGUGACACAUGCCCGCUGGCCCAGGAAGAAAUUUUAGAAAUUAACAGAGCAGAUUCCAAACUGAAUGGGGAGGUGGCGAAGGCCGCGCUGGCGAACGAAGACUGCCCCCACAUAGACCAGGCCCUCACUCCCGAUGAGGGCCUGCCCUUUACGCGCUCGGGCACCCGCGAGAGAUACGGACCCUGCUUCCUCUUAUCAACUGGGGAGUACACGUGCCCGCCCGGUGGAGGAGUGAGAAAGGAUCUUUGCAAAGAAAGCCCUGUCAUUGCUAAGUAUAUGCCGACAGAGGCUGUGAGAGUGACUUGA